GUUUAUCAAAGUGCCUGUCAAAGUGUCAAUUAUGAACUCAAGUUUGUACUUCGUAUAUUUGUAAUUUUGUGGUGUGCGCUAGCGUACUUCGUAAGUUCGUAGUUAAGUUAAACAAUUUAUCGUGAAAGAUUUAUGGCCAACUUUCGUCGAAUUCAUUUGAAAGUGUAAUGUUGACAUUUUACAAGGAAAUUCGUAGAACGAAGUUUUCUUGUGCCUUUUUAAUGUGUAGAUGUGUAUGUACAAUUAUCUUUAAGUAGAUUAACUCUCACAAAAAUGCCUACAGCCUACAGUAAAAAACUCUACACUGUAUUCUCAAACUAUCCUCUUCUACGAGGAAUGGCAUCCUAUAGUAUUUUUUGGCCCACAUCUAGCUUAGUACAACAAACCUUUGAAAGAAAUAAAUUUGGUGACUAUGACUGGUGGAGAUGUGCCCGCUAUGGUCUAUAUGGGUCUUGUUUUGUUGCACCUACUUUGUAUAGUUGGCUUACAAUUGCCAAUAUUAUGUGGCCAGGAAACACAAUACGUGCUGGUGUAAUCAAGACAAUUGCGGAAUCUUUUACCUAUGCACCAUUGAGUAUGUGUAGUUUUUACUUCAUCAUGAGUCUACUGGAAUCAAAGCCAUUCCAUGAAGCUAUUGCAGAAGUUGAUGCCAAGUUUCUACCAACAUACAAGAUGGGUGUUGCAGUCUGGCCGGCUAUAGCUAUGAUAAAUUUCUGUUUCAUUCCUCAAAAAAACAGGGUACCAUUUAUUAGUGUAUGUAGUCUUUUAUGGACAUGCUACCUUGCAUAUAUGAAACACUUAGACAAAGAAAAAGUUAUUGCGUCAUCUACUACAAACCCUGUCAAAUUGCUAAAAGCAACCUUAUAGUUCAUAGAAUCAGGGUCAACUACUAUAAGUGGGUCAAUAUUCAAUAAUUCUCUAGAAAAGGACAAAAAUAUUAUUGUGAUUAUUUGCUUUACGGGUAAAGGAUUUUAAGGUUGAAAUAAAAUGCACUCUUAUAAAAAAAAACAUUUAUUAAUCUUAUCAAAUUCUACGCGAUGUUAUUCACUAUGAGCAGUCCUUAAAGAUUACAUCUACAUCCUAUUCACUUUGGCACGAGAAAAUAUCAUCUGAACUAUGAAUGCAAGAAUUCGAAAAGUUAAUUUUAACAAUCAAUUACUGAAAAUAUUUAUAUUGCACUGUCUUUGUGAUGCUUUUGAUGGACGUUAAUCAAUAAUACAUAAUUAGACGUUUCAAUCGCAA